CACCUCUUUUGUAAAUGUGUUAUUAUGAUAGCUUAGAUCAAAUACGAUGUAUAUAUGAACAAGUGAGCAAAUACUGUUUGAUACAAUAAUGCUGCUACAAAAGUGAAAGAACAAUGUGAUUUAAGGCUCUGAAGAUUUUUAGCCAAUCAGCUCCAUACGCUUUCUCUGUUGUUCACACCUGCUCUGUCAUUGGCUGUUUUCUGAUAAUACUUUAUCACAUCUGUUAAGUGUGCAGACUGUUGGUCUAAUUAAGUAAAUUAUUUAAUAUUAAGUGACAGAUAUAGGACAGACAGGAAAUAUACUCAUUGUACCAAAUGUGAAUGGAUAUAAUGUUGGUUAUAUUUGAAGGAAAGAGAACAGCAAUUAAAAAAUAUUAUAGACACUUUUGGAAAUACGGCACAGUUUGGAUGAAAAGACACUGUUUGAGUCACAACGGGGGAAGUAAAAGAGUUGUCUGAAAUGUGCCUGCACUGAGGGGUAAAUUGAACAUUGACUUUCUGGCAGUCAGUGGACUUUGCUUUGACCUGUGCGUCAAGGAGUACACAGUAACGCCUCUCUGUGGAUGUCAUAAAGAAAAAAAAAAAGCCUAGCCAGCAUAUAUAUAAAUACAGAGCUAAAGAUGCAUCAUUGCUUUCUGCGGAGUGGCGCCCUUUAUGGAUUAUAAUCUGGCCAAUCAAAUCCUGCCUGGCAACAAACGACUGAGGAUCAAAAGGAACCUUACAUUUUAGACAAACAUUCUAUAGCCCCAGUAUUAGGAAACAUGGUAGGACUUAAACCCUCAGAUGUUCCCCCUCCACUUGGGGUGAAGAUGGCGAGUGCUGGUGCUGCAGCCUGUGUAGCAGACCUUGUCACAUUCCCUCUGGACACAGCUAAAGUCAGACUACAGAUUCAGGGAGAGAAACAGGGAGUGGCAGGCAUCCGCUACAGAGGGGUGUUUGGCACAAUCAGCACCAUGAUCCGAACGGAGGGGCCCCGGUCUCUGUACAACGGGCUGGUGGCAGGGCUGCAGAGACAAGUGUGCUUCGCCUCCAUCAGGAUCGGCCUCUAUGACAAUGUCAAAAGUUUCUACACUGGGGGCACAGACAACCCUAGUGUGCUGAUCCGUAUCCUGGCUGGCUGCACCACAGGCGCCAUGGCAGUGUCUUUUGCACAACCCACUGAUGUGGUAAAGGUUCGAUUUCAAGCCCAGAUGAACCUGGACGGCGUUGCCCGUCGCUACAGUGGCACCAUGCAGGCCUACAAACACAUCUUCCAGAAUGAGGGUUUACGUGGACUCUGGAAAGGCACAUUACCCAACAUCACAAGAAAUGCACUGGUCAACUGCACAGAGCUGGUGACAUAUGACCUGAUCAAAGAGGCCAUCCUCAGACACAAUCUGAUGUCAGACAAUCUGCCCUGCCACUUUGUAUCUGCGUUUGGUGCUGGCUUUGUCACCACCGUGAUUGCUUCCCCAGUAGAUGUGGUGAAAACUAGAUACAUGAACUCACCACCGGGCCAGUACAGGAGUGCCAUCAACUGUGCCUGGAUCAUGAUGACGAAAGAGGGGCCGACGGCUUUCUACAAAGGGUUUAUUCCCUCAUUUCUGAGGCUGGGGUCGUGGAACAUUGUGAUGUUUGUCUCAUUCGAACAAAUCAAGAGAGCCAUGAUGGUGACAAAGAAGAGGAUUGAGGACAGAAACUGAGAUGUCCGUUUCAAAGUGGGACUGAAAAAUCUGAAAAACUACUGGGUUGGAACCUCGAUACGAUAAUAUCAAUUUUAGUUUUGUUCUUUUUGUCCUGUGGUGACAAAGAAGGAAAUCCUUUGUUGAAAAAGGGAUAUCAGAGUGGAGUGCAGCGUGUACUUGACUCUAUGUUGAACUGAUGUAUAAAAGAAAUGCAGUUCUGUCUUUAUAUUUAUCAUUUUUCAUAAAUGAACCUAUUUGAAAUUUAAUGGGAGUGAAUGUUGCCAACACCAGGUUGUGAUAGCCCUCCUUUGGGAAGUUGAGUUUGCACUUUAAGAUCUGUAAAUCUGCAAAGUAUGGACUGUUUCACUUGUAUUGCCAGGCAACAGCUUGGGUCCACGUUUACUUCCUGUCAGCUUAUGUCAUUCACAUAUCCUGCAAAUAUAACAGAAAUACAAAAGGACCCAUUUAAAAUGUUGUCUGAGACGUCUGAAACAGCGCGUACAUUUUCGGCAGCUUACAGCAGUGCACCGUUCACUAACACUGGUGCCAAUAAUAAAAAAUACUGGUGCUUGCUAA